CAGUCUUUGGACAACCAUAGACUCGGUGAUACGACUGUGUGCUGUGGCGGUGGUUGGUGCGCUCGCAAUUUACCAAAGAAAGAAUAGUGUUCCUAAGAUCUCGUUGCGGCUUCCUUGCAUAAUGACCGCGAAAUGGAUGCGAGCCUGAAGUAUUGCGCCCGUUAAUUGCAGCUGCAUCAACAUUAUCAGCAAAAAAACAACAGCGCUUCACAGAAAAAACAAGAAACAACAAAAGAAAGUUACAAACAACAACAAGACACACAAAAAAACAACAGCAACAAAAGAAUCGACGAUCACGGAGUAGGGCACAUACACUCAAACUCGCACAUGUACACACUCACACUAAUAUACAAACACAAGUUGUAGACACAGGAGAAAAGUUCCGCGUUACGGUCUUCGUGAUAUAAUAUUGAUGUAUUGUUACAUAAUACCAUCGGCUGUGUUGAAUAGGUGGUUUGUUGAUGACUCGAAAGUUGUUUUUAAUUGUUGGAAGUUUCCUAUCGGUACACCGAAAUACCGAUAUACGGGCCGCAGGAGAUUGGUCCAGUAUAUCCGAGAGUGCGACCCCGUGAGCGCAUUUCGCCAUUGCCAUGCAGACCAUUUCGAUUAUUUCCCUCCUGUUCGCCGUCACCCUGUCGUUCGUCAUUACAAACAUGGCUGAAGCUAGAGCGCCAUGGAUUUGCCAACCUUGUGAUAUGUUCGAAGAAUGCAACAAAGAACCGGAGAGCUACUGCAUGUGGGGUGAAACUAGAAACUCUUGCAACAGGAGAGUUUGUGCCAAGGGUCCAGGUGAAAGGUGCGGUGGACUCCGUGAUAUUUUCGGAAGGUGCGGUACUGGAAUGUGGUGCCAGAAGGAAGACGAAUCCAACACUUACACUUGCCAUGGAUGCUAUGACAACAGCUUGGAGUGCCACCAAAGUACAAGAUACUAAGAAGAUCUCAGACGGUUGACGAAAAACUGACGUGAAGAAAGACAAGAAUGCCGCUUCAGUAUUACUACAGCAUUUAGGCCACUUAUUAUUAUUAUUAAGAGUUUGUUUUUGUUUCCUAUUCUUUAUAUUCUUCUCAUUUUCGAAAGCUUCGUCUCCCUGUGUUUGCUCGGAGCCAGUCCGAAAAUUGCUCUCUAAAAUCUUUUCUAUUUUACUUUAUUUUACUGAUACAUACCAUUCGUGCGUUCGCUAAGGACGCGCACAUUCCAGAAAUUCCCUCAAACACACAUGCACACAAACACAAGCAUAGACACACAAAUACACCAAAACAGUUUCAAUCAACAAAUUCCCGUUUCUCACUUGACGACUCAAAUUGAAUCGUCAAACAGAAGCUUAAUUUAUGUGAUUUUAUUAUUAUUAUUAUGUUAUACUAAAUGAUGUUGUAAUUAAUUAAUUAAUUUGUACAUAUUUAUUGAAGAGUGAAAAACAUGAAAAAUAUAUGAAAAAAGCGAUUAAAUUGAUCUCGACAAAUUGACAAAUUAUCUAUAAAUACAAUAUUUAAAAUCCA